AUGAGAGCCCUGUAUGAUGGGACAGAGUGUGCCCUUGUCAUGAUUGCAAAUGAUACAGAACUUGGAGGAGUAGCUAGACCAGAUGGUUGCACUGCCAUUCAGAGGAACCUGGACAGGCUGGAGAAAUGGUCAGAAAUUAACCUCAUGACAUUCAGCAAAGGAAAAUGCAAAAUCCUGCAUCUGAGGAAGUAUGGCACCAGUACAACUGGUUCACAGUUGUUUUCCUCCAGUGGAAGAGUCUGGUCAAUUAAACUGAGGAUUGGGAAACAGACUUUGAAGCAGACAAGCAAACUUACCACGUUUGAGUGCUCAGUUGCAGAGAUGAGCAUGAGUCACGCUAACUUUUCUGAGCAAGUAGUGGAAAGCUUUCCAUCUGAUAUCUCUACUGGUAUAUACUAUGGAUGGGCCUGUGUUGGAAAUGGAGAUGUGCAUAAAAUGGUUUUGAGCAUAGGAUGGAAUCCUUUCUAUAAGAAUAUUAAGAAAUCAGUGGAAACGCACAUAAUUCACUCUUUCAAAGAUGACUUUUAUGGAGAGAUUCUUAGCAUAGUCAUUAUUGGAUAUAUUCGGUCAGAAAAAAGCUUCAGUUCUUUAGAGGCACUCAUUUCUGCAAUUCAAGAAGACAUUGAAGAGGCAAAAAGACAGCUGGAUUUACCAGAACAUCUUAGACUCAAAGAAGACAACUUCUUUCAUCUGCAGAAAGCAAAACAGUAA